AGGCUGUCGGGGACGACGGGGACUGUCAUGGAGGCAGAUCUGCCUUCUGGCAGGAGUGGCAGGAGUGGCAGGAGGGUUUCGACCGACGCGACGCGACUCGACCUGCUGCCUGCUGCACUCGGCAUUCUCUUCUCGGCAGUCGGCAUUACCUGCCAGCGGCCCAGCGCGCGAGCACGUUGGCAGGCGGCUGAAGUGAGGCGCUAAGGCGGCCAGUGUCAGUCAUCAGUGUCUUCGAAGUCGCGGACUCCGAUGGAUCGUGGAGCUUAUACGAGCAGUAGCGCGUGGUGAGUGAUAUCAGAACUCAGAAGUUCGGUACCACAAAAAACGGAUUACGGAGCACAGCACGCGUCGCGAACGAGAGCGAUUCGCUGCACGGCGGCGGGGACGCGCCAGCCGCCAAGUGCAGCGUGCGCGUAUAUCGCGCUGUGUCGGUAGAAUCGCGGCGAGCGUCGCGUAAAUUGGCGUGAGGCGUGAAUUCGCGGUCAGUUACAUUUCGGAGACUCGCGCGACGACGACGACGAAGACGACGCAGACGGUGCGAAAGGAGGCGAAGAGGCGCAAGGAGAGCGACACAUCGCGAUACGAUCGAUCCGUCAAAAGCCGUGCAGUAGCGGCACGCAACGCAACCCAAGCGGCGGCGAACGCGCGAGAGACCGCCCGCCCGCUGGCGAUGGAGGAAAUGUGCUGCUCGUGACGUCACGGAAUUCCUCCUCGGUGCUGCUGCUGCUGCUGGAGUAAACGGCCGCGAGCACUUGUCAUCGUGCCUUCUUGUUCUCGCGUAGCUGAUACUCGCGGAUACUUGCGAGAGAAAAGGAGAAGCCUCGGGGGAGCAGGAGAACGAGAGAGAAGGAGCGCGCGCAUAUCGGUAUAACGACGGUGUAAGAGAAACGGAGCGAGAGAAACGUCAGGCAGAAGUGAGGCAGGAAAGUAAGAAAAUAGAUAGAUAGAGCAUAGAGCGAAGAGGAGAGACGUGGAAGAGCGGUGGAGAACGUGGGCGUUGAGUGAUUGUUGUCGGUGCUAGUUUCUAGUUUCCAUCGGGAGUCAUGAGAGACACGAGCGAUAUGAUGGAGGACGCCCUGUCAGAGGACACAAUGAUGGAUUGCGGAGGAGAUAGCGGAGAAGAUAGUGGAGGUUUGGAGGACUUUGUUGACUUAGCCACUGACAUCACGGAUAAUUCACGUACAAUACGAGAUGCCGCCGAACGGUUACUGACCUUGUUAGGAAUGGGCGAAGACGACGAAGACCUUCUGUCAUCGUCGGAGGAUGAGGGUGUUGAGGUAGACAUCGAUGAGCUCGAGGAAGACGACGAGGAAACGGAUAAUGCCAAAUUGCUGCAUCAACUCGCUGCAUCCCUAGCCCAGGAACUCAAAUACUCUCAAAAACAAUCUUCGAGCAGCAGAGUGACGUAUCAAGAUCAAAGUGUGAUACGUAAUGUGGAGAUGCUGCAGGAUACGAGUUAUCUCGGUCGCGGUUGCCUUCAAAAUCAAGUGGACCAUUCAAAAACAUCUGUUUGUCAAAACGGUUUCGAUCACAACGAUCUUGAUUAUUUCAACGAUCUCAAUGAACAAAACGCGAACUUCACAAAGUUUACAAAUUUCGGGAACCUCCGUCAGGAACACGGUCGAGCCUUUGAUUCUUCGAACUUAGAUCAUCGCCUGUGGACGGACAAUCCAGCAGUCACGAUCCAGCAGACUGAAAAGUCCUUCAGCAGCCAGCAGGAGCAGAAUCCCGAUUCCUGGACAGCAGGAUGGGAUGCUUGCGCCACCGAGGCUCUCCGGUAUCUCGUCGAAGACGAGGGCCUACCGCUUCAUCAUCCUACGGUUAUCGCCAUGAAAAAUUACCUAGAUCUGCAGAGGGAGAGAGCGUUCACUCAACACACCGGGUAUACGGACACCAAGUCGCAGGACAUGAGUCUGCUUCUGGAUUGAUGAGGCUUCAGCAUUAAGGUAGCGAGCGAUUAAAUUUAUUUCUUGCGACGUGUCUCAUUAAAGAAUUUUCGAGAGAGAAAUCUAAGAUAAAAAAAUUAAUCUUGUUAUUUAAAUAAAACGAGCAUAAGGACGUGGCGUGUUGUGAAAUCGUUUGCACAAGACUCUUUGCUUUCUUACAUAUUUCGUCCUCUUUUGAAGAAAAAUUUCAAUUUUCUUGAGCCAUAACGAUUUAUUUAAUAUAAUAAAUAAUUCGAUUCGAAUAUUCGAAUAAUUUUAGCUUUCGACGAUUAUAAUUUCGAAUUAUAAGCGUUCAUACGCUGGAUCGAUAUGAACGCCGUUUCUUUUUCGUAACGAGUUAUUGAAAACCUUCAAGUUUCUUGAACGUCUCAAUCAAGGAUUAAGAUCUUUUUUUCCAUUUUCGUUUUCAAAAAGUGGUGAUAGUUAAUUCCUGAUAAUAUUUCCCGAGAAGAUGGCUUCGGGUAUCAUAAAAGAAAAUAUUUCUAGCAGUUAGAAUCAUCAAACUGUAGAGAAACGACCGGCGAAUCACAAUUAAAAUUAUUCUUAAAACAAAUUCCUAGUUUAGUCUGUCAUAAAUAAAAAGGUCGAAAGAAUUAAAAUACAAUAAACGGGAUGACAGAGAAAAGAAAAAAAAAGAACGUUACGUACUUGAUACGAGAAAGAAGUGAGAUAAGCAUCGGUGAUCGCCGACAGAAUAUUGCAGAAUGUUUUCGAUUGUUAUAAUAAGAAGUAAUUUUUUACAAAUCAAGAAAUUACGUUUAUACAAAUAAUAUAAAAAUAAAAAUAAUUAUUUAUAAAUUAUAUCUGCAAAUGACAUUUUUCUCUCAAAUAAUUUAAAGAAUUUAAAGAUAUCUUUUUUGAAUUGUGCCAUUUUGUCGGCGAUUAUAUGCACGAAACAUUUUUCAGUCAGAUCGUAUACGAAGAAAUUGGCUAUACAGCAGUGUCGACAAUAGAAAUGAGAAACGUUUAGCCCCCGAAAAUAUUGUAUAUAAUUUGGAUUAGGCGAGAGACGACGAGAGCUCCGAGACUUAGAUAGGAACUUAUUCGGUCAUAGAUCAGCGAAUCUUUAUUUGUAAAAGAAAUUACAACAUAUGGCAAUAACGAGAUCUCACGAGGAGUCCAAUUCGGAUGGCCUGAAAUGUGUGUCUUCUUAAUGACACUAGUAGUAUAAUAAAAGGGUGGUUUUGUUUAGAGUAAUGUUGCUUAAACAACGAUGCGUGCGAAAGGGUGCACGUCGGCCGCCUUAACACGUCUCAACCAUCUACAAAAAGCUCAUCGUGAAACCUCAGACAUUUCCACAUCUUAAUCGUUAUUUAGAUCGUACGAUCAUCAUUCCUCAUGUACGGGAAAUUGAUCAGGAUCGUACGUCAAUUGCAGCGUUGAAUCGAUCCUGAUGCGUUAAUAAAAAGAGUAAAAGCAAACGAGAUAAAUGAAACUUGAUCGUCAGUGACUCAGGAUCGACGAUCGACUUCGAUCGUGCGUCACUUGUCAAAAAAUCAAAGAGACUUUAUAUCGCGAUUGAUUGCGUGCAAAGGAUCGAAAAAUUACGACUGUGAGUGAAUUGCGGAGAAAUUUUUAAGUUUUUUUUUCCCCACAAUUUUUUUAUGGGAAGUAGUCGACGCGCGACGUUCUUCCCACGCGACCGAAUAGCAAGCUGUACAUAUGUAUAAUAUCGUUUUAACUUAUACACAACUAUUGUUACUUUUACAAUAAAGCUCUGUAGAUAACAUUGACCAGUAAAUAAACGACCGAUAAAUUAAUUAA